UUUCUGUUAGAAGUACCACCCCCAGGCCUCGAUUCUUGAGAAAUCAAAGCAAGGAUUGAACCCAGCGGCAGGCAUUCACAUCAGCCCUUGAGCCCUGAAGAGCCAGGAGUUUUGAGAACAAAAUGACAACACCCAGAAAUUCCUUGAGUGGAACUUUCCCUACAAAGGGCCCUAUCUCCAUGCAACCUGCUCCAAAAGUAAACCUCAAGGGGACGCUGCCGCUGGUGGGCCCCACCCAAAGCUUCUUCAUGAGGGAAUCUAAGGCUUUGGGGGCUGUCCAGAUCAUGAAUGGGCUCUUCCACAUGGCCCUGGGAGGGCUGCUGCUGAUCCCCACAGGGGUCUAUGCACCCAUCUGUGUGACUGUGUGGUAUCCCCUCUGGGGUGGCAUUCUGUAUAUUACCUCUGGAUCGCUCCUGGCAGCAGCAGAGAAAACCUCCAGGAAGAGUCUGGUCCAAGCAAAAGUAAUAAUGAACUCAUUGAGCCUCUUUGCUGCCAUUUCUGGAAUAAUUCUUGUGAUCAUGGACAUACUCAAUAUUACGAUUUCACAUUUCUUAAAAAUGGAGAGUCUGAAUAUUAUUAAAACUCCUGUGUCAUAUAUUGACAUAUACAACUGUAAACCCACUAAUCCCUCUGAGGAAAACUCUCCAUCCACAAAAUACUGUUACAGCAUACAAUCCAUGUUCUUGGGCGUUUUGUCAGUGUUACUGAUCUUUGCCUUCUUCCAGAAACUUGUGACUGCCGGCAUUGUUGAGAAUGAGUGGAAAAGAUCCUGCUCCAGGCCCCAAGCUAAGGUGGUUCUUCUGUCAGCUGAAGACAAGAAAGAACAGACAAUUGAAAUAAAAGAAGAAGUGGUUGAGCUAACUGAGGUACCUUCUCAAACAAAGAAUGAAGAAGACAUUGAAAUUAUUCCAGUCCAAGAAGAAGAAGGAGGAGAAGAAACAGAAAUAAAUUUUCCAGAACCUCCCCAUGAUCAGGAAUCCCCACCAAUAGAAAAUGAUAGCUUUCCUUAAACUGUUUCUUCUGGAUUUUGCUGCCUCUUUUAAGCAUUAGUAUUUAGCUUCUAAGAGACAUAGUUACCCCAUUUCUUGAGGCACUCUGUACUGGUUCUCCAUGUUUCCAUCUGGUCUUUGCUGGAGUGACCACAGCCCCAUCUCUAGCACAUUCAGCAAAUGUGGGAAUUGUAAUAGAUUGUGAUGUCCUAUUUCUUGUUUGGGGAAACUUUCAUACAUUGGAAAAAAGCAGAAUAAGUGCUGCAGAACAUGAUUUCCCACUAGAUUUCCCCUUGGCUAGGCUUUUCAGUAGUAGUGCUUUGUAGUUGUUUUUUCCAUUAGCAACAGGACGACUCAGCAUCUGGUAGAAAAGAUCCAUGACUGACUCAUGCCAUUCCUUUAAGCUAUCUUUAACUCCUUCCCAUCUACAUUUUUUUGUUGAAGUUCCUUUUGUAUCAUUGUUUUAAGGGAAAUAAAAUGAUAACGAUAAGCAAUAAAGAAUCAAUCCAUCAAUAUCUCAUAGGGCUGACGCCAUGACAUAUUCUUGGAGAAUCAGCAUUCCAUUAGGGAAGUUCUAAGUGGUCACUACCCAGUCCCUUAAUUGUCCAAAUAGUACAGCUUAUAUUUGAACAUGUCUCUUAAAGUUCCCCAACUCCUACUCUGACCCUCGGUUACGUUGUCUCCCUCCUUUUAACCUAUAGGCAAAAGAAGAAAGAAUGAUUAGAGAAAAUACCAUGAGUACUCAAAUCUCAGGUAAUAAUCAAAACAUGUAUUUAUAGAAUGCUUUACAGGUGACUAUUUCAUAAAAUAAUUUCAUUUAAUUAUCUAUUUUCAAGAAAGAAUGCUUAUCCCUAUUUUAUAAGUAAUUCAAAGAGGUGAACACAUACCUGUCAUAGUCACAGCUAGCAAUCCUGAGAACCUUGUUUCAUUCACAGAUCUUCAUACUCAAAUCCUGGUGAUGUUCAAAGCAACCAGACUGCAAUGUCUGCAUAAAUUACCAGAGCCAUGUUAUCAGUUGUUAUCAAGAAGCUACUCUGACCAGAAGAUGUUAGGAGAGUUACAAAGAGAGUCAGAAUCAGAGUUUAUCCCUUUGGAUAAAAACCUUAGAAAUUCACAACAGUCAUAAAACUAGUUAUGGCAUAAGUAUUUAAUUAGCUGGCAGACUAUAUAAUGCAGACACUAAGUAUCAUAGACAUCCUCAGGAAGAAGACCAUGUGUGAAAACAGCAUAAUUAAAGUGCCAAGUCUCAGGCAAAAGCCAUCCUGCUUUUCAAUUCCUGUUCAUGUUCAGAGAUACAAUACCUUACCUAGGAAGAAUGUUAACCUAGGAAGACAUUGAGAUCAUCCUUCAACCUAAAGCUGUAAUCUACCAGUUCCAAAUGUGGUAGGUGUAUGGGACAAGGUAAUUUUCAUUUCCUGUGAUAUUUCCACUUUGUUAAGGACUAUCUGUGGAAGAUAUUUCCUGUAAUUACAAUUUUAAAAAAGGAAAUUAACCAUUUUUCCAUGCUAAGUUUUCAAAAUUAGCUGUAAGUGAAUAAAGCUUUGUGUUCUUGUCUGAA